AUGGAGGCCUUCUGCACAACAGCCACGAGGCACUCAACAGGUGAAGGAGAUGAAACCUUUGCAAUCUUAGCUUCUUCAUCAUGGGACAGAACUGUUCGAUUGUGGGAUGUUUUUGAGGGUAAAGGUGCCGUCGAGACAUUUCCUCACACACAUGACGUUCUUACAUUGGUUUAUCGUCCAGAUGGAAGGCAAUUGGCUUGCAGCACAUUAGAUGGACAGAUUCAUUUCUGGGACCCAAUUGAUGGCUUGUUAAUGUACACCAUUGAGGGCCGUAGGGAUAUUUCUGGUGGUCGUCUCAUGACUGAUCGUAGAUCUGCCGCCAACUCAACUUCAGGGAAGUUCUUCACAACCUUGUGCUAUUCUGCUGAUGGCAGUUACAUAUUAGCCGCAGGGAAUAGCAAAUUCAUCUGUAUGUAUGAUGUUGCAGAUCAGGUAUUGCUGCGUCGAUUUCAAGUAACCCAUAAUCUCUCUCUAGAUGGAGUUCUUGACAUCUUAAACUCAAAGAAUAUGACAAGAGAUGGCCCUCUGGAUCUAAUUGAUGACGACAACAGUGACACGGAAGAAGGUGUUGACAAACAAACCCGAACAAACUUAGGUUCUGGUUUACCAGGAUCCAUAGGAAACGCCGGAAGGUCUUCUAUUCGUACAAAAUGUCUGAGAAUUGCACCCACUGGGCGGAGCUUUACAGCUGCAACAACAGAGGGGGUGUUAGUUUAUUCAAUUGACGAAUCCAUUAUCUUUGAUCCCUCAGACCUUGACGUAGAAGUUACACCAGAGGCAGUUGAUGCAGCACUAAGUGAAGGUCAACCAAACAAAGCUUUAAUUCUUAGCCUUCGUUUGAAUGAGGAUGCUCUAAUUAAAAAAUGCAUUUUUGCCGUCAGUCCCGUGGAUAUACCGGCUGUUGCCUCAUCAAUCCCUUACAAAUAUUUGCAGAGGUUAAUACAAGCAUUUGCAAAUCUUCUUGAAAGCUGCCCGCACUUGGAGUUCAUACUUCGAUGGAGUCAGGAACUCUGCAAGGCCCAAGGCAACUCUAUUAAACAGAAUUCGAGAAAACUGCUUCCUGCUUUAAAGUCCUUGGAGCAAGCAAUUGUCAGAAGACAUCUGGAUUUGGCAGAUACAUGUUCUUCUAAUGAAUAUAAGCUUCAAUAUUUAUGCUCCACCAGCACCACAAAAUGAAUGGGUGUAGGAUAACUUGUAGGCGCUUGGGCAAGAUUUUUUUGAAACAUUAUUUACAUCUGGUUGUUCUACUGCAAGGCGGACCAGUUUUAACUCUCUUCCUACUAUGCAUUGAAUCCAUCCUGCGGCCCUCGAGAAGCCGGAGAAUACCCAUUAUGCAGGCCUUCCACGAGUGGUCCGGUGUGUUCGUUACAAAAUCAUCCAUGCAUCAAAUUCUGCUGUUCAUUACAGAAGUAUUUAUGGCAUCAAUUCAUGCUGUUUCUGAUUAUUUAUAUCAAUUUUGCCAUUACAAACAUUAGCCUGUUAAGAUAUGCGUUGCAAUACGGUAUAGUAGUAUUAGAGCUAUCAAUAUUGUAGAUUUGUUGUAAUGCUCAACAGGAGAUUUGAUGGAAUCAAAAGGUUCUUAUUGCGUGCACU